CCUUCUCGCCCUGCCAGCCCAGUUAUGACAGAGAAUGAUGUGGACAAUGAGCUCUUGGACUAUGAAGAUGAUGACGUAGAGACGGCAGCUGGGGGAGAUGGGGCUGAAGCCCCUGCCAAGAAAGAUGUCAAAGGCUCCUACGUCUCCAUCCACAGCUCUGGCUUUCGAGAUUUCCUGCUCAAGACAGAGUUGCUCCGGGCCAUUGUUGACUGUGGCUUUGAGCAUCCAUCAGAAGUCCAGCAUGAAUGCAUCCCUCAGGCCAUUCUGGGAAUGGAUGUCCUAUGCCAGGCAAAGUCAGGCAUGGGAAAGACAGCAGUGUUUGUCUUAGCUACGUUGCAACAGCUGGAGCCAAUUACUGGGCAGGUGUCUGUGCUGGUAAUGUGUCACACUAGGGAGCUGGCUUUUCAGAUCAGCAAGGAAUAUGAGCGCUUUUCAAAAUACAUGCCGAAUGUCAAGGUUGCCAUGUUUUUUGGUGGUCUGUCUAUCAAGAAGGAUGAAGAGAUGCUGAAGAAGAACUGCCCGCAUAUCGUCGUGGGGACUCCUGGUUGCAUCCUAGCCCUGGCUCGAAAUAAGAGCCUCAACCUCAAACACAUUAAACACUUUAUCUUGAACGAAUGCGACAAGAUGCUUGAACAGCUCGACAUGCGUCGGGAUGUCCAGGAAAUUUUUCGCAUGACCCCCCAUGAGAAGCAGGUCAUGAUGUUCAGUGCUACCUUGAGCAAAGAGAUCUGUCCAGUCUGCCGCAAGUUCAUGCAAGAUGGGUGA